UAAUCAAAAACUGUGUCUGUGUUUGUUUGCACCUUGUGUGCGAGUGUGUGAGUUCUUUGUCGACAUGAGCACACUCGUCCGCAACACCACCCUCACUUUCAGCCGCAGAUCAAGAUAUGAGCUUCUGGGUCUUCAAACCAAAGAUAAGAUGCUCAAAUCCAUCAGUUAUAGACGCAGAAGGGCCAAGCAAAGGCAAAUCUUUCUCACAACCUACAAACUUUCUUCCUUGGAUAAUACUUUUGGAGAGCCCAAAAGGCCCAAACUCAAGAAGGUUGCUGUUAAGGUCAAGAAAAUUGUAGCUUCAGUUUUGAUGUUUAUGCGAACCGGUUCUUUUAGAUCGUGCUAUUCUAGGUCUGCUAUUUCUGCCACCUCUUCACCAUCGCCAAAUAGGAAGAUCUUUUAGGAUGAUUUUAUUUCUCUCUUGCCUGUGUUCUUGAGUAUAUUUAGGUGGUUGAUGAUGAGAGCUUGAGAAUGAUUAUCAAAUAAAAUAUUGUGUAUAUAAUGCUUAAUCUAAUGUCUACUUCGCUACUCCACUACUUUCACCACUUGCUAUAACUAGCUAUCAGAUAAAUAACAUGCC